AUGGCAUCCGCUGGACGCGCUCUCACCUUGCUCCUGUGCGCUCGUCUGCUGGAGCUCUGGACAAGAGGGCACGCGGCCGAAACCCCUUACCCCAGGUUACGACUGUCACAUAAAGAACUCUUGGAUCUGAACAGAACAUCGAUAUUUCAUAGUCCUUUUGGAUUUCUUGAUCUCCAUACAAUGCUGCUGGAUGAGUAUCAGGAACGACUAUUUGUGGGAGGCAGGGACCUUGUGUAUUCCCUCAGCUUGGAACGAAUCAGUGAUGGAUAUAAAGAGAUACACUGGCCUAGUACAGCAGUAAAAAUAGAAGAAUGCAUAAUGAAAGGAAAAGAUGCAAGUGAAUGUGCAAAUUAUGUUCGGGUUUUGCAUCACUAUAAUAGGACACACCUUCUGACUUGUGGUACUGGAGCGUUUGACCCACUUUGUGCCUUCAUUAGAGUUGGAUACCACUUGGAGGAUCCACUGUUUCACCUGGAGUCACACAGAUCUGAGAGAGGAAGGGGCAGAUGUCCUUUUGACCCCAGCUCCUCCUUCGUCUCUACUCUAGUUGGUAGUGAACUGUUUGCUGGACUCUACAGUGACUACUGGGGCAGAGACUCUGCAAUCUUCCGCAGCAUGGGGCGCCUUGCCCACAUCCGCACCGAGCAUGACGAUGAGCGCCUGUUGAAAGAACCAAAGUUUGUAGGUUCAUACAUGAUUCCUGACAAUGAAGAUCGAGAUGACAACAAGCUAUAUUUCUUUUUUACGGAGAAGGCCCUGGAAGCAGAAAACAAUGCCCAUGCAAUAUACACCAGAGUGGGGCGACUUUGUGUGAAUGAUGUGGGAGGGCAAAGAAUACUGGUGAAUAAGUGGAGCACGUUCCUAAAAGCAAGACUGGUUUGUUCAGUACCAGGAAUGAAUGGAAUUGAUACGUAUUUUGAUGAAUUAGAGGAUGUUUUUUUGCUACAUACCAGAGAUCAUAAGAACCCAGUAAUAUUUGGAUUAUUUAACACUACCAGUAACAUAUUUAGAGGGCAUGCUAUAUGUGUCUAUCAUCUGUCUAGCAUCCGAGCAGCUUUUAAUGGACCAUAUGCACAAGAAGGACCUGAAUACCACUGGUCACUCUAUGAAGGAAAAGUCCCUUAUCCAAGGCCUGGUUCUUGUGCCAGCAAAGUGAAUGGAGGGAGAUAUGGGACCACCAAAGACUACCCUGAUGAUGCCAUCAGAUUUGCAAGAAGCCAUCCACUGAUGUACCAGCCCAUAAAACCUGCCCAUAAAAGACCAAUACUGGUAAAAACAGAUGGAAAGUAUAACCUGAAGCAGAUAGCAGUGGAUCGAGUGGAAGCUGAGGAUGGCCAAUAUGAUGUUUUAUUUAUUGGGACAGAUACUGGAAUUGUGUUGAAAGUAAUCACAAUUUACAACCAAGAAACAGAAUCAAUGGAAGAAGUAAUUCUAGAAGAACUUCAGAUAUUCAAGGAUCCAGUUCCUAUCAUUUCAAUGGAGAUUUCUUCAAAAAGACAACAGCUGUAUAUUGGAUCUGCUUCUGCUGUGGCUCAAGUCAGGUUCCACCACUGUGACAUGUAUGGAAGUGCUUGUGCUGACUGCUGCCUGGCUCGAGACCCUUACUGUGCCUGGGAUGGCAUAUCGUGUUCCCGGUACUUUCCCACAGGCACACAUGCAAAAAGGCGAUUCCGCAGACAAGAUGUCCGGCAUGGAAAUGCAGCUCAGCAAUGCUUUGGACAACAGUUUGCUGGAGAUGCUUUGGAUAAAACCGAAGAGAGACUUGCUUAUGGCAUAGAGAACAACAGUACUUUGCUGGAAUGUACCCCACGAUCUUUACAAGCAAAAGUCAUCUGGUUUGUGCAGAAAGGACAUGAAACAAGAAAAGAAGAGGUGAAGACAGAUGACAGAGUGGUUAAAAUGGACCUGGGUUUACUCUUCCUCAGGGUACGCAAAUCCGAUGCUGGGACCUAUUUUUGCCAGACAGUAGAGCAUAGUUUUGUCCACACAGUCCGCAAAAUCACCUUGGAGGUCGUCGAAGAGGAGAGAGUAGAGGAAAUGUUUAAUAAAGACUAUGAGGAGGACGGGCCACACAGGAUGCCUUGUCCCGCCCAAAGCAAUACCCCGCAAGGAACAAAACCAUGGUACAAGGAAUUCUUACAGCUGAUUGGUUAUAGCAACUUCCAGAGAGUGGAAGAAUACUGUGAAAAGGUAUGGUGCACAGACAAGAAGAGGAAAAAACUUAAAAUGUCACCUUCCAAAUGGAAGUAUGCCAACCCACAGGAAAAGAAGCUCCGCUCCAAAUCUGAGCGCUAUCGCCUGCCAAGGCACACCAUGCACUCAUGA